CUGGAGCCGAGCCGACCGAGCUCGCCGCACCUGGCAGCCAAUCACAGGUCGCCCUGGGCGCGCGUGUGAAGACGUCUGUGGCGUUGGCGGCGGUGGCGGCCCCUGGGGCCUGAGUAGGUGGUGUGGCUGCGGGUUUUGCCCAGGGAGCGUGUUCGGGGCUGUUUCUUGGCCGGCUUCGCGGGGACGCCACUGAUCAGCGCUGGAUGUGACCUUCUCCUUGGACGAUUCAAGUUCUUAAAAAGUUUCAGUGUACAUUUGAGGGACCCUUAAGGUCAGAGGAGCCGUCACAGCGACCCCAAAGAAAAAGAAACAUGGCAUUUAGGGGCCACUUGUACAAUCCAGAUGAAUUCCUUCAUCUCAAGAUCAUUGGUCUUAUCUUGAAAGACCCUUUUUGCAAAUAAGGUAAUAUAGUUUUCUGGGAUUAGAAUUUGAUAUUUUGGGGACUGUUUUCAACCUACUGUAAUCUUCAUUCUUUUUUUUUUUUUUUUUUUUGCUCAGUAUAGAGUAAGCACGAGUUUAUUUCUCUCCGUGGGUUUGCCUGCUCUAGACAUUUUAUGUGAGUGGAAUCAUAUAGUAUUAUGUAUUUGUGUCUUGUCAUCUUUGGAAAUAUUCAUUUAGCAUAUUUUCAGGUUAUAUCCAUGUUAUACCUGUAUCAUUUGUUUUUAUGGCUGAAUAAUAUUCAUUGUAUGGUUAUAUCACAAUUUGUUUAUCCACUGAUGAGUGUACAUUUGAAUUGUUUGCACUUUGUGGCUCUUAUGAAUAAAGCUGCUCUGAACAUUUGUGUACAAAGUUUUAGUGUGAACUGAAUGUUUUUGUUCUUCUAGGUAUACCUAGGAAUAAAAUUGGUGACUCAUGUGGUAACUAUAUUUUUUGAACAACUGCUAAAUUGUUUUGCAAAGUAGUUAACCAUUUUAUAUUGCUACCAACAACAUAUGAUUCUUCCAGUUUGAUGUUCUUUGCAAUACUUGUUAGUUCCUCUUCUUGAUUAUAGCCAACCUAGUGAAGUAAUAUUUCAUUGUGAUUUUCAUUUGCAUUUUCAUAAUGAUUAAUAAUGUUAAGAAAUAGUUCAUGAUGUUUUAAUUGGCUGUUUAUUUGUCUUUGUUAACAUAUCUAUUCAUACCUUUGCCUGUUUUUUUUUUUUUAAAACACGGUAAAAAACACAUAGAAAUUUAUCCUCCUAAUCAUUUUUAAGUGUACAAUUCAUUGUAUUUACAUUGGUGUGUAAUAGAUCUUUAGGACUUUUUCAUCUUGCAAGACUGAAAACUAUACCCAUUAACAAACAGACUUCUCUUUUUCCUGUCUUCUCCAGCCCUUGCUAACCACCAUCUUACUUUUUGUUUAUAUGAAUUUGACUAUUUUAAUUGUCUCAUAUAAGUAGAAUCAUACAGUAUUUGUGUUUUUUGACUUGCUUAUUUUAUUUAGCAUAACAUCUUCAAGAUUCAUCCAUGUUGUAGUAUGCAACCAGAUUUCCUUCCUUUUUAUGGUUGAGUAAUAUUCCACUGUACCUGUAUAACACAUUUUGUUCAUUUGUUUGUUGAUGGGCAUUGGGCUUGCUUUUGCCUCUUGGCUAUUGUGCAUAGUCCUGCUAUGUAUAUGUAUGUGUUAAUAUCUCUUUAAGACCCUUCUUUCAGUUCUUUUGGAUAUUUGCCUAGAAGUUGGAUUGCCAGAUAAUGUGGUAGUUCUUUUUUUAAAUUUUUUAGGAGGUUGUAUGUUUUCCAUAAAAUUGUACCAUUUUAUCAUCCAACGAUCCUGCCUGAGGAACCAGAUUCUCCACUUCCUUGUUAUUUUCUGAUUUUUAAAUUUUUAUUGUUAGUAGCCAUCCUAAUAGAUGUGAGGUGAUAAUUUGUAUUUCUCUGAUUAGUGAUGUUUAAUACUUUUUCAUAUAUGCUUUGGGCAUUUUUAUAUCAUCUUUGGAGAAAUAUCUUUUAAUUUCUUUGCCCAUUUUUAUUUUGGGUUUCCUUUUUCUUUUUGGUACUGGGGAUUGAAUGCAGGGAUGCUUUAUCACCGAGCUACAUCCCCAGUCCUUUCUUUGUUUUUAUUUUCAGAUGGGUGUGCUAAGUUGCUGAGUCAGGCUUUGAACUUGCUUGCUAUCCUUAUGCUUCAGUAUCCCCAGUCUCUGGGAUUACAGGUGUGUGCCACAGUGCCCAACUGGGGUUUCUUUUUAGUCUUCCAUUAUCAGAGGACUUUAUAUAUGUAAAUACAAGUCUCUUAUCACAUAUGUGAGUCACAAAUGCAUUUUCUAUAGAUUGUCUUUUUACUUUCAUGGUGUUAUCUUUUGAAACAUAGAAGUUUAAAGUUUUAAAAUUUGGUGGUCUGUCUUUUGUCAAUUGUAUUUUUAAUGUCAUGUCUAAGAACCUGUUUGAUAUUAUUUAUUUAUUUAAAAGAUUAUGUAGUUAUAGCUCUUCCAUUUAGGUCUGUGAUUCUUUUUUUUUUUUAAAUAGUGCGAAGCAGGGGUCUGGCUUCAUUCUUUUGCAUGUGGCUCUUUCACCAGUUUUUUGAAAAAACUAUUCUGUUCCCCCAAUCAAAUUGUUUUGGAAUUCUAAUUCAAAAUCGGUGAUUUUUUUUUUUUUUUUUUUUUUGUGGUGGUGCUAGGGAUUGAACCCAGAGAUCCUCUACCAUUGAGCACCUCCCCAGCUCUUUUUAUUUUAUUUUAUUUUUGAAACAGAGUCUUGCUAAGUUGUCAAGGCUAGUCUUGAAUUUAUUACCUCCUUCCUCAGCCUCUUCUCGAGUAGCUGGGAUUACAGGUAUGCACCACCACACCUGUCUUCAGGGACUAUUUAGGUUUUAUGCUGAACUCUGAAUUCUAUAACAUUUAUUUAGGUUUCUGCCCUCAUGCCGUUUCCAUGCUGUUGAUUGCAGAUAUUUGUUGUGUUUAAAUUUAUGAAGUGUGAGUCUUCCACCUUCAUCAUUUUACAAGAUUGUUUUGUAUAUUCUGGAUCCCUUGCAUUUCCAAAUGAUUUUCAGUUUCUGAGAAAAAGUGAGCUGGGAUUUUCAUCAAUUUUGUGUUCAAUUCAUGAACACAGAAUGUCUUUCCAUUUAUUUAGGUAUUCUUUAUUUUUCAACAAUGUACUCAGAAGAUUUCAGUGCUUUUUUCUAUAAAAAUCUUGCAUUUCUUUUGCUAAAUUUAUCCCUAUUUUAUUCUUUUUGAUGCUAGUUCAAAUGGAAUUACUUAAUUUCAAUUUCAGUGUUUGUUACUAGAAUCCAGAAAUUUAUUUUUUAUAUUGAUCUUGUGUUCUACAACCUUGAUUAACCUCUUUAUUAGUUUGAAAACUUGUUUUGUAGAUUUAGGUCUUCCUAACCAAUCUUAUUGUUAUGUCACUUUUUUUUUUUUCUUGAUUGCCAUUGAAUGUAGAACCUCCAAUACAAUGUUGAAUUGAAGUUGUGAAAGUGAAUACUCUUGUCUUCUUCUUGGGAGGCUUCAGUCUUUUUGCCAUUAAAUGUAAUGCCAGGCUUCUCCUGGGAGGCUUCAGUCUUUUUACCGUUAAAUAUAAUGCCAGCUGUAGGAAUUUUUUUUCCCCCAGAAAAAAAAAAAAAUUCACCUUAGUCUGGUUGAGAAAGUUCUUUUCUGAAAAAAAAUUUCACCUUAGUCUGGUUGAGAACAUUCUUUUCUGUCAUAAUUAAAUGUUUUUCUUGUUAAAAAUCAUGAAAAAGUGUUAGAUUUUCUCAAAGUUUUUUUUUUUUCCUUUCUGCAGAUAGGUGUGAUUUUUUGUUCUUUAUUAGUAGUUUAUUUUUAUUUUUCUGUUAUUGUUACUGGGGAUUGAACUCAUGAGUGCUCCCCAAUAGAGCUACAUACCCAGACCUUUUUUUUUUGUUUGUUUUUUGUUUUUUAGAUUUUCAACCGUCUUGCUAAGUUGUCCCAGCUGACCUCAGACUUUUGAUUGGGAGGCCUUAGCUUUCCAAGUUGCUAAGAUUAAUGCCACUGUGCCUGGCAUUUUAUUCUUUUCCUUUUGUUUUUUUUGGUACUGGGAGUUGAACCCAGAAUGGCUUUGCCGCUAAGCUAAAUCUCCAGCCCUUUUUAUUUUUUAUUUUAUUUUCAGGCAUGGUCUUAGUAAAUUGCUUAGGGCCUUGUUAAGUUGUUUAGGUUGUCCUUGAACUUUUGAUCCUCCUACCUCAGCCUCCAGAAUCACUGGAAUUACAGACAUACACCAUCGUGCCUGGACAUUUUCUUUUUAUUAUUAUUAAAAUGAUAUUUGUUUUAUUUUCAUAGUAUGGACCAUACUUGCAUUCUUUAACUUAUACUUGAUCGUGGUGUAUAAUGCUUAUUAUAUAGUGUUGGACUUUGGUAGGAUUUUGUUAAGUAUUUUUGCUUCUGUAUUUAUAAAAGGGUAUAUAGUCUAUAGAAUUUUUUUGUGGUGUGAUUUCUUUUUCUCAUUUAGGUAUCAGAGUAGUACUGCUUCAUUGAAUGAAAUGGAAAGCUUUUUAAUUCUGGAAAAGUUUAUGAGUAAUUGAUGUUAAUCUUUUUUAAACAUUUGAUAGAGAAUGGGGUUGUAGCUCAGAGGUGGAGUGCCUGCCAAGCUGAGCUCAGUCCCCUGCACUGGAAACAAAAUAUUUGGUAGAAUUCACCUUUGCUAUUUCAUCUUGGCCUUUUAUUUGGGUUUUUUUUUUUUUUUUAUUACUAACUUGAUCUCUUGUUUUAGGUAUGUUAUAUUUUCUGUUUUUUUGGAGUCCAUUAUAUAGGUUAUAUUGUGUAGAAUUUAUCUAUUUGUUGGCAUAGAAUUAUUCAAAGUAUUCCUUUAUGAUUAUUUUAAUAUGGUUGCUAAUAGUAUACUAUUUUUAAAUAGUAUUUUUUAAAAUAAUUCAUUGAAGUGAUAGCCACAGAAUAAUUUUACCUUGAAAAAUUUAGUGGCAUUUAGAGUAUUUAUGAUGUGGAACAUCUGCUGUCUCUAUUUCUAGCACAGUUCUUUCAUUCCAAACUAAAAUCACUCAUUCAUUAAGCAAUUUCUUCUCAUUUCCCCUCUAUUCCCUGGUAGUCACCAAUUUCUGUUUAGUCUUCAUGGAUUUAUCUAGUCUGGACAUUUCCUAUAAAUGAGAUCAGAUGUAACCUUGGUGUCUAACUUUUUUCACUUCGAAUGUUUUUAUGGUUUAUUCAGUUUAAUAACAUGUAUUAGUAUUUUGUUUCCUUUAUGGCCAAAUAAUUUUCUGUUGUGUGCUGUAUGUCAUUUGCUUAUGCAUUCAUCCAUUAAUGGAUAUUUGCAUUGUUUUCACCUAUUGGUUCUUAUGAAUAGCUGCUUUACAUAUGAGUUUACAUACACUUAUCUGAAUACAUGUUUUCUGUUCUUUUGUAUAUGUAGCUUGCUUACAUGGUCAUAUGAUAAUUCUGUGUUUGUAACAUUUUUAAAAUUUUUUUUCUUUCUUUUCCUCUUCUUCCUUUGUUUUUUCUCGCCUCGCCCCCCCAUUUUUUUUUUUUUUUUCAAUUCUUCAGCUUUCUGAAGAAAUGAAACACCAACUUUUGGAGGAAACAUUUUCCACAUUUCCGGAGUCCUCUGAUUUUUGCAAGCUUUUUCUUUUCUUUUUUUUUUUUUUAAUAUUUAGUUUUUAGUUGUAAUUGGACCCAGUGCCUUUAUUUUAUACGUGAUGCUGAAGAUCGAACCCAGAGCCUCGCACGUGCUAGUUUCUUCUGACCAGGGUUCUGUUCUCGGAAGGAGAAAGUCUAAUUCGCUCCACUGCUUCAGAGGAGAUCCCAUGAAGGACUCUGUUGUAAAUUAUACUAUUCAUGACACACCGGAUAAUAAGCUUCAUGCAUUCACCACUGUCUGCCACAGUAUCUUACCAGUGUUGGGCAAAUAAAUUAAAUUUUUGGCAGACACAACAUCUUUGUAUGUGGUGCUGAGGAUCGAACCCGGGCCACACGCAUGCCAGGUGGCUGUUUAUACAAAGGAAGCACUGGGACUUGGGGCUACCUUCAAGAAUAAAAAAAAUAGAAAAUGGAACAACCAUGUGUGUUAUGUGAGGAAGAACAGGAUCCAGAACCACAGAACAUAAAAGAAACCAAACAAAUAGAUGAUGAAGAUGCGGAGCUGAUCUUUGUUGGGGUGGAACAUGUAAAUGAAGAUGCUGAACUGAUCUUUGUUGGGGUGUCUUCAAAUUCAAAACCAGUUGUUUCAAAUAUUUUGAACAGAGUUACCCCAGGUUCAUGUUCAUGGAGAAAAAAGUAUGGUCGCCGAAGAAAAGAUACUGCUCGUAGAUUGCAGCCUAUAAGUCAUGUGACCCCUUCAUCAGAAACAGUGACUAUGUUGCCAGUAUCUCAAUCUGAAUCAAGAUCAACAGAUAGUCCUAUUAUUAUUGAGCCUUUGUCUAAGCCUGAUGAUAAAAGUAAUUCACCAAAAGUUGUGCCUAGUAGCUCUUCAGAAUCAUGUUCUCCUGUGGUUACCCUCACAAGUUCAUUGCAUCAUCCAGUGAAAGCAGCACUUUCCGAAGGAGGUAUGAAUGAAAGUACUUGUAUAUCAAAGCGGUGUUCCAAUUCUGAAGUAAUUAGCAUAAAUCCCAAAAAUCCUAAACUCAGUGAUGGAAUCACAGGAGGAUAUUCUUUAACUUUGUCCCCUCCAGGUGUUUUUAAUAAUAAUAAUCCUCAGCAGAGUACACCCAAUGAUGUCCAUACCUCAGUAAGCCAUGUUCAGAAUGUAUUAUCUUUUCCCACAGCUUUUCCAAAGGACAGUCUCCAUUUAAAGCCUAUAACUAUAAAUCCUGAUAGGGAAAAUGGGUUGGCAAAAACAGAAUUUUCAGAUCUAGCAAGUCAAAAUAAGACCUUUGAUCCCAAGAAAGGGAAUUUGAUUCUAUUACUUAGUGACUUUUACUAUGGACAACAUCAAGGAGAUGGGCAGCCAGAACAGAAAACUCACACAACCUUUAAAUGCCCCAGCUGCUUGAAAGUUCUAAAAAAUGUUAAGUUUAUGAAUCAUAUGAAGCACCAUUUGGAACUUGAGAAGCAGAGGGGUGACAGCUGGGAAACCCACACUACCUGCCAGCAUUGCCACCGGCAGUUUCCCACUCCCUUCCAACUACAACGUCACAUCGAAAGUGUACACACUCCACAGGAGCCCUCUGCUGUCUGUAAAAUUUGUGAGUUGUCAUUUAAAACAGAUCAGAUUCUUUUAGAACACAUGAAGGACAAUCAUAAGCCUGGGGAAAUGCCCUAUGUGUGCCAGAUUUGCAGUUACAGAUCAUCAGCCUUUGCUGAUGUGGAAACACAUUUUAGAACAUACCAUGAAAACACUAAGAAUCUACUUUGUCCUUUUUGUCUCAAAAUUUUCAAAACUGCAACGCCAUAUAUGUGUCAUUAUAGGAGGCACUGGGAAAGGGGUGUUCACCAGUGUUCUAAAUGUCGGCUACAGUUUUUAACUUUCAAGGAGAAAAUGGAGCACAAGACCCAAUGUCAUCAAAUGUUUAAGAAGCCUAAGCAACUAGAAGGAUUGCCUCCUGAAACAAAAAUUGUUAUUCAAGUGUCACUGGAACCUGGUCAACCAGAAUCAGUGAAUGUAGCGUCUAUUAUUCUGAGUACAACUGAUUCUGAACCAUCUCCUCCCAAAUCUAAAAAUAGAAUUUCCAAAAAACCUCAUUGAUUCUAUUUUGGGAAACCAAAAGCAAAUAUUUCAGUUUAAAUAGAAGAAAAAAACCCCAUGAAAACAAAAAAUAUAAACCAUACAUUAUUCAGUAGCACCAAAAAUAGUGAAACUAAUGAAUUGAGAUUUAAGUUCAUGCAUAGGGUUUUAAAAUUUUUUUCUUUCGUUCUUUUUGUGGUGAUGGGGAUGAACCAGGACCUAGUACAUGCUGAGCAAUUGCUCUACCACUGAGCCAUGCACCACAUUCCCACUCCCUGAAUUUUGAGCUGUUAUAUAAUAUAUUACCUGGUUUUUAUGUUAACUAUCUGGUUCAACACAUGAAAGGUGCUUGUAUAUGAUGUUUGAGUGGGGAAAAAAAAAGUGGAAGCCUAUUUAUUUUGUCAGUAUUUUAUGUAACUCCUAAGCUGGAGAGAUCUUUCUUCUAUAUACAGAAUUUGUAGAGGUUUUGAAGUAUUUAAUUUUAUUUUUAAACUUUUUCUGUAUAUUACUUACACAUUUCACUGUUAACUCUAAUCAGACUGGAAUGACUUUGUUAUGGCUUGGUCCCUUUAUUCAUGAACUCUUAGAAGUGCCUGUACAGUGUGAGUGUAAAAUAACCUGGUUUUGAAAGCCUUAGUGUGAUGUUGAAGGAGAAGCUGUAGCAUGGAUGGAGGUGAAGACUUAGGUAUAGGUUAGGCAAAAGAAAGUAUUUGACCCCUUAUCCCAGUUGAGGGAUAGGCACAUUCUAGUCUUGGAGCCAAGACAGAAGGAACACAGCCUGAGAAUGUCUUUGCCUAAUAGAAGAACAUCCAAGGAAGCAAAAUCAUUCUUGAAAAAUGUCUGCAUUUGGUGAAGGACUCCUGCAUAUAUUAAACAGCUGCUCAGUAUCUUUAGCUUCAUAUGAAGCCACAACAGUAAUUAGAAUGGGAACUGGCCCCAGUUAAUUUCCUGUUGAGUGAUCCAAAGGAGAAUUUUUCAUUCUGGCUAGAGGUUAGUGAAGAAUGAAUUCUCCUUGUCCUAAUAAGCCACAGCAAUAAAGCAUGUUACAAUUCCCGAGGAAAAGAAGCACUGGUAUCUGAAGUUUGAACUGUACUGGACCCAUAGUUUCUGCUGAAAGGGGCCAUACAAAUGAUGACUGUCCAGUUAAUGGGCUGAGCUAAAUUUAGUUCUUCCACUGUUAAGCUGGAAUGGGGCUUGUCCAAGAACACUAGGUACAGUGCACCAAAAUAGCCCAGGGUGACUGAUUAAAAUUAAACCCAUAUGGGACCUUAUAUUUUUCAGCACAUGUGUAGCUUACCAUAAUUGAGUAUAUUAAGCUUGCAGUUUUGUGUCUUGUCUUGGAAGUGAGUAUAUUACAGUUAGUAGGGUUUUUUUUGUGUGUGUGUAUUUAUAAUUUCCUAACUGAUUACACUAAUGAAUCUCUUUUUUAUCAUUUUUAAAUUUGUUCUAGUUAGUUAAAAUGGCCCAAAUGUAUUGUCUGUCCUUAUCUGAUAGAUCCUCCUAUUUAAUCUCUAACUAUACUAGGGAGGAACUUUUUCCAUUUGCCCUCCCCAAAGGCUGUUUCAUAAAACUGUGAAGUACUUUCUGAGCAUUGGUUCCUAAACAUCAGCAGCCUGAGCUGCUGUGAGUUCCCAGGGUUGUCUGUCUCCCAGGGCUUGUUCUAGGGUCAUCUCUCUCUUAUUCACUACCCUCAUCGCAUGUACCCAGCAGCCUCUGUUCAUCAAUCAAGGAAUCUACUAGCAUCCUGGCUGUAGACAUAGGUCUGGAAAAGUCUUUUUCAUUCCUCCCCUACUCCUUUAGUCUCUCCUCAAUCUAAUUAAAUGUUCUAACUUUCACAGAAAGCUGGGAAGAGGUAAUCUUCAGGUCAUAGUAUUAGAAUUGGGGGGAAAAGGACUAAAAAUAAUUAAAAGAGGUUGUUAGUAGAUUUUGUUGUGUUUAAUUGCUCCAUGCUUGCUUAUUUGAUUAAUUCAUUCACACCUUGAACGGUUUGCUAGGUCUUUUCAGUUAGUUUGCUUGGGCCAAGGCAUGUUACGAAAAUUUUACCCUGAACCCUUUCUUUAGAUAUAAGAAAAUAUGUGUGUAUGUGUAUGUGUAUGACUGUCCCACUUGUUCUGGUGGAAAUUCUUACUGUUUAAAUCUGCAGACUUUUGUGUAUUGUGUUUCUAUGGUAAAAGUAAAAAAUGUUUUAGUUGUAAAUUUUAGUGAUUGCUUACUGUUAGUGGCACUGUGAACUGUUGUUUGCUGUUUCACUAAAGCAUGCUCCUAAGGAGUACAAAUUGUCAGUUAUUGCCAACUUCAGGUUCCAGUGGUGUGGCCCCUGCCUACCUCCUCCCUCUUUCGUUCUGUGAUACAGCUCUACCAUUUCCCUAAUUGAUAUGCUAUUUUGAUAUAAUGGCCUUGUUAUUCCUUAAGCAAAUCAUAUUUUUUCCUGAUUUACAGGCUGCACAUGCUAUUCUCUUAGAACACUUUCCCCUAGGCCUGCAUGGCUUGCUACCUCACUGAACUGUUCAACACUUCCUUUGGUUCUUAGAACAACUAGAAAUUUCCCCCACAUUUUUUUUAACCUUAUUCUUUCUCCUUAAAGGCACUUUACCUCCCUCCCCCCACUUCUUUCUUCCCUUUCUAAUACAGUUAAAUUUCCUAGAUUUUCACAAAAAAGCUGGGAAGGAAUCAUUAAGGGCUUUGCUUCUCUUUUAGAGUUGAGCUAGCUUGAGUCAAUUUCUGUGCCUGCAACCAAAAGAAAGUUAAUAUAGUGAAUUGAGUCAAAGGGAGCUUUCUUUGUUUUUCUAUUGAUAGCUUUAUAUUUUUUAAGGCAAUGUCACUUUGUUUUGUUUACAAAUAUAUUUAAUAUCUGUCCAGAUUACUAUUUUAUUAUUAUUCUUGUAUGAAUUUCCUUGUCUAUUUUGCUUGCUUGUUCUUGCAGAUGGAAUUUAUUAUUUUAUUAGUGUUGCCAAAUAUUGUAAGUAAAAUAGCAAUUAUAAUAAUAAAAUGAUUUGUGAAAGAAUGUUUUUUGCUAUAUUGUCUUUUCACCAAUAACAUGUUUUUAGCUUUGUUUGAUUUUUAUUUGGUACUUCCUGCCAGUUGUGGUGUUGUCAUAUUUCUUGAGUCAGCACUUCUAAAUAAUGUGUAUGAUGGAGUUAAUGGGUUUCUUGAUCUUGGUUUUAAUGAAAAAUUUUAUACUAUUAAAAGUAAUGAGUAUAUUUUAAAAUCUUGUUUUCAUUUUUAGACUCUUUAAAGACUUGUUUUAUUGGGUAGUUUUCAACAUCUAUCAAGACAGUCAUUUACUUUCUCAACUUCCCUUAUAGAAAACAUUUUGUUUUUAAAGCAGAAGUAGCCUACUUGGUAGAGUAUUAUUUCUAUUACUUACAGCCCUAUUUCUAUUUUCAUUUAUAUUAAAUUAAGUACAUUUCCUCUUCCUCUCAGAUUGUCACAGUUUUUUGUUUUUAUUUUUUUCCUGGUACUAGUGAUUGAACGCAGGGGCUCUUAACCUCUGAGCCAUAUCCAGCCAUUUUUAUUUUGAGACAGGGUCUCACUAAGUUGCUCAGAACCUUGCUAAGUUGCUGAGGCUGGCUUUAAAUUUAUGAUCCUUAUUUGUCAGCCUCCCGAGAUGCUGGGGUUACAGGUGUGCCACCACUAUGCCCAGCUUGUAGUUUUAUCAGUGUUUCUUAUUUACUUUUUCCCAAGAAGCAACCUUCAAUUUGCCUUACUAUCCCAACUAGUUUUAUUUUUGUUAUUCUCCAGUUUUGUCCUUAUUAUUUAUAUCCUUUCUGCUUACUUUUGGAUUAUUCUUUUUUUUUAAUAUUUAUUUUUUAGUUUUAGGUGGACACAAUAUUUUAUUUUUAUGUGGUGCUGAGAAUUGAACCCACUGCCUCAUGCAUGCUAGGCGAGUGUGCUACCACUUGAGCCACAUCUCUAGCCCCUGGAUUGUUGUUUUCUAUGACAUUAUUUUAAAACUUUUAUUUUUACUUAAAUAAGGAAAGAAUUUAAGACUUCUUUCUCUGUUUAUGGUUUUUCCUAAAUCUCAAAUAUUUUGAUGCAUAUUUAAAGAUUUUCAUUCUUAAUAUAUUUGGUGGGUAAGUUAAUUAAAAAUUUUCAAAAUUUGCAGAUAAGCAGUUUUAUUCAUUUUUAUUUUAAUUUUUGUGGUGCUAGGAAUGACCUAGGGCCUGUGCUUGCUGAAUAAGCAGUCUACCACAGAGCUACAUAAGUGGUUUAAUUUUUAUUUUUACCAAUAAUUCAAUUUUUCUUGGAGUGUUGGGGUAUGUGUGUGUUUAUGUGUACACACUGGCGUGCAUACUUAUUACCAUUGUUUUCAAAUUACAUAGAUUAUUAAAUAUUUUUUAUUUCUUUGGUAAAAUUAGUUUUAUUAUAGAAACCUUUUCCCCCAAGUGAUAUUGCUAAAUUUUAUUGUUAUAUUGUGUACAUAAAUGAAUAUAUAACAACAAAUCCCAUUAAUAUGUACAACUAUAAUGCACCAAUUUUAAAAAUGUGGAAAAAGAAAAACGAAAGCCUUUUUCCCCAAAUGAAUGCGUAUAAGAGGUAAAAAUAUGAAAAUAUUCAUUUGAGACUAAAUCCAAGUUAUAGAACUUAAAAACCAAGCCAAAGAUCAAAGUAAGUUAAAUAUAUACUCACCAUAAACAGUAUUACUCAGUUAUCAAAAGUAAUGGCAGUAGGAGUUGUGGCAACACAAAAUUUUUACUAGAGAAUGAGAAAGCAACGUUAUAAAUUUAUGUGUAUAUUUUAUAAUUAAAUUUAUGUUAUAAAUUUAUAUGUAUAUUUUAGAAUUUAUGUGUAUACUUUAGAAUGGCAAAGUAUCUAUUGUACUCUUAUAAUAUCUCUGAAAAAGGAUGAUAAAUACUAAAUGCAAUUGA